AUGUCGCCCAUGGCCGCCGCCCUUUCUUUGACCUUGACCUACCGGCAUCCAAGACAUACCAUCAUACACCUCGCCUACACCGCCAUGUUUGGCCCGCCCCCGAAAGUCCUCUGCGGCGUCGUCGUCUCGGCCGGCAAAAUGAUGAAGGCCGUCAAAGUCCGCACCGCCAAACAGACCUACAACAAGUUCCUCAAAAAGCAUUUCCGAAGCAACAACAGCUACCUCGUCUCCGACCCCAACUCCUCCCUCCGCGCCGGCGACGUCGUCAAGAUCGCCGCCGAGCGCCGAAUAAGUCGGCAUAUCAAGCAUGUGGUCACCGAGAUAGUGGCGCCCUGGGGCCCGAGCAUUGACGAAAGACCGCCGGUUCUGAGUGAGGAGGAGAGACUAAGGAGGCUGCAGGAGAAGACGCUAAGAAAAAAGGAGAGGCGGCGGGAAAGGAAUGCGGAGACAGGAGAGAGUGCAGAGGAUAGGGUGGAGGGUAUGGUCGAAGGGACUGCGGUGGCUUCGUGA